UACGGACGUUCGCGAGACACGCGUGCGUUCGAGUGCUUUCGUGUGUUAUAUCGUUAACUUUUUUAAACUUCAAACAUGUCCGGUCGCGGAAAAGGCGGAAAAGUUAAGGGCAAGGUCAAGUCCCGUUCGAACCGUGCCGGUCUUCAGUUUCCGGUCGGUCGUAUACACAGAUUGUUGCGCAACGGAAAUUACGCUGAACGCGUUGGUGCCGGUGCACCGGUUUACCUGGCCGCCGUCAUGGAAUACUUGGCCGCUGAAGUUUUGGAAUUGGCCGGUAACGCAGCAAGAGACAACAAGAAGACUAGAAUUAUUCCUAGACAUCUUCAACUCGCCAUAAGGAACGACGAGGAACUGAACAAACUCCUUUCCGGUGUGACAAUCGCUCAAGGCGGAGUUUUACCAAACAUUCAAGCGGUACUACUCCCGAAGAAGACCGAGAAGAAAGCUUAAAAAACGCUUCAAACUCGCUCGCAAGGACAACAACAACAACACAACAUGUCGUCGAUAAUAUUUAUAUAUGUAUAAUAAAUAAUAAUAAUCGACGAACAUAUUUUGUUCGUUGUUGUUAUUAUUAUUAUUAUAUUGUAUUGUUGACAGAAAUCAAAGGCCCUUUUCAGGGCCGC